AUGUUGUCCAGACUGCACAACUCUCCUGAGGCUUUCUAAGAAAACAAGACAUAAAAAUUGUAACAGCGUUAUAACAACAGAGUCGCAGCUUCCUGUAACAACUGUGAAGAUCGUGUAUGUAGACGAGAGAGAAAGAGAAAUACUUUGUGGGGAUACACAGAUGGCUGCAGCAACUUGUGGAGAGCAAACUAACUAAAAUAUCUGAAGCUCUUAAAUACAAUCAGCUUAAGCCAAGAAAGAAACAAACCCUUUUUAUACUGAAUCUCUUUUAAAGGAAGAGAUUGGUACCUCUCUGUACUUUCUGAAAGAUGGCCCUUUGCCUGAAGCAAGUCUUUAAUAAGGACAGGACUUUUCGACCCCGAAAGAAGUUUGAGCCUGGAACCCAACGCUUCGAGCUCUUCAAGAAGGCGCAGGCCUCACUUAAAUCUGGUGUUGAUCUCAAGACAGUAGUUCAGCUUCCUGCAGGGGAAAACCUCAAUGACUGGAUUGCAGUCAACACUGUAGAUUUCUUCAAUCGCAUCAACCUCAUCUAUGGUACCAUUUGUGAGUAUUGCACCGAAAGGAGUUGUCCUGUCAUGUCUGGCGGGCUGAAGUAUGAGUACAGGUGGCAGGAUGAACACAAGUAUAAGAAACCAACCAAAGUGACUGCUCCACAGUAUAUGAAUUUGCUCAUGGACUGGAUUGAGGCCUUGAUCAAUAAUGAGGAAAAUUUCCCCACUCGUGUUGGCGUUCCCUUCCCCAAGAAUUUUAUGCAACUCUGUAAGAAGAUUCUCACUAGACUUUUCCGAGUCUUUGUUCAUGUUUACAUUCACCACUUUGAUCGGAUUAGUGCCAUGGGAGCAGAAGCCCACGUCAACACUUGCUACAAACAUUUUUACUACUUUGUGACGGAGUUUGACUUGACAGAUGAGCGGGAAUUGGAGCCUCUGAAAGCGAUGACAGAGAAAAUUUGCCAUUGAUUCCAGGUUGAGAGAGGCCUUGCAGCAAGUCUCUGAAGUGACUUGAAACUUUAAAAAUUGAGCCAUAUACUGGAGAGGAUUAUCAGAAAAUCAAAUGCUACAAUCUGAAUCCUUGCAAAGGCUUACCAAGGGAAAUUGUUCAAAAGCAUAAGUUAAGAAUUCCUAAAAUUCAUGGGAACAGAUUGAUGGUGAUGGAAUGUAUACUGCAAUUGGUGGCCGUCACUCAUAUCCUCCCUGUAUGUUCUCAAAUCUGAUUCAGUUUAGUCAACUGAACACAGUUCAGUUCUUCUACACAAAUUUAUUUAGAUUCCCAAACAAAAUACACCUGUUUGAACAUUG